AUGGAACCGCUGGGGCAGACUUGGCAGUAUGGUCGGAAUGCUGUUCAGGCGCUGUUCUUAAUGAUUGGCAUAGUCGUUCGCGUGCGUUACACGUGCCCAGUCUUCUUGAUGAAAGUGCCUCGUUACCCUUUCGUCACGCCGUGUGAGCUAGUGCAUGCAGUAGCAGGGACGCUGGCGAGUGGCCGCGACUGGAACUGCAAUGCGUUUUUUCCCGGGUCGUGUGUGCUGGUGUUCCAGAACAGCGAGAGGAAGCACCGGACGGCGGUGUUCGUGCUGGUCGUCACCGAGGAGCUGCCUGAGUGGGAGGAUUCCAAGACCAUGGGCCGCAAGCGUAAGUGGUUCACCGUAGAAGAUGCCCUUGAGCAGCUCUCCAUGCACAAACCAGUGCAGCUCUCAUACCUGCAGUCACUGCUUACCUGUCGAAACGAUAAGAAAACUAAGCAUAAAAGCUUCGUGUCAAAGUCCUCUUCAAAACGGAAAGAACGGAGGCAGCCCUUCAUAGCAGAAUACUUCAUUUGGAUCAACUACUCUUUUUCAAUUAUGCCCAAUGGCAUUUUCAGCGUAAAUGCAACUCACCUGGCCAUCGAUCUUCAAAGGUUGUGCAACAAAGCUCAUUUGACAAUGAUGCUACUGCUGAUGCUGGAAAUAUGAUAUUCAAUUUAAAAACAAAAAUAAUUUGCCGCAUAAUAUGACAAAUGUUCAUUUAACCUUAAGUUUAUAUCUCAUCUUCAAUUUUAUGACCAUUUUCAAAAAAAUUGUUUCAUUUAAGUAAAAAUUUGUACAUUUAGAUAAUAUUCUUCAAAGUUUGAUGAUUAAUUUGAUACUGUUUGUUGGGUAUUUUUCUUUAGUUUUUGAAGUGUUAUUGGCAAUAGGACAUUGUUAGAGAUGUAUACCUUGAUAGUGAAGCGAUCUUUGGCUGUUGUUGGCUCGUGCAGAAUUGAACUGAGUACUCUUUUUAAUUUCCUUUUGUUUGUACUUGAAAACUUGUGAAAAGCGGACAGUGUUUUUCUGACUUAUUCAUUAGUUGAUAAGAGUAAUUAAAAAAAUAUUCACACUAACUUGAAUAUUGUGUUGUGUAGGGAGAAAAAUUACAUCAGAGAGAAUUCUUGGACUGAUUGAAUUAAUUUAUAUAUUAGAUUUGUUUUUAUAUCACUUUUUGAUCAACUGUAUCAACUACUGGCAGUGCCAUAUUCAUUUCACCUCAGUUUUUAAAGAUACGUCUUGUCAUCCAUGGUUGAGGUAUGCCUGGAUUUGCUUGGAUGAGAAAUAUUUGAAUUGCAUGCAUGUGCUUGUAAGAAUGUGUUGAUGUUCAAAUUUGAACUUUUCAUUGUAACAACCUUGUUGCAAACCCUGUAUCAACUACCCCAGUCCUGUACCAUUGCUACCAAAAUAACCUUAUCCAUGGUAGAUGCUUUUAGCUUACAUGAAUAGCUUGUGGUAAGGUGAAUAUUAACAACCUGUUGAAAGUUCUGGUCUGGGUUUUGUUUUUUUAUUGAACAUAUCAACAACAUAAACAGUUAAUUAAAGUUAGUUUUUUGUUGUUGUUGGGCUUAAGGGCGUUAUUAUAAAUCAUUAUGCAGUUGUAAGUUUUGAUUCAAUGCUGUAAACACACUGUAUUUUCAGUUGAACUUUUAAAGUGUGUAUAGUUGCCCAUAAAUAACUACAACUUUGUAUUACCCUUUUUAUGUUUGGUCUACAAUCAUGGUUGUUUCAGUGAGUGUUGAUAAAUAUUGUAUAAUCUUCAUAAGAGAUGGGCAAAGCAGAUUCAAACUGUAUGCAAUUCUUUAUGAUGCUUGUAUUUUUAAAAUAAAGUAUGAU